CUCCUGGGUUUGCGGGGCUGCAAGGCGGGCUCGCGGCUUUCUCGGGGCUCGUGGCGCGGGUGAUCCCGGCUCUGCUAGGGAGGCCUCCCAGGGACUGAGAAACUCUCGGUUGCAUCUCCCGGCGGCAGUCAGAGCCAGCACGUGUGCGGGUCCGGGCUGGGAGGUGUGCCGGCCGGGCGGGGCUGCGCGCAGGCACGGGGGAGAUACCGAGGCCGAGUGGGUCUGGAGGCGGUCUGCACGGCCCAGGCCGCGAGGCUUCAGGGGGAGUCGCUGCCCUGCCCGCACCUCCACCCCUCCCCAGGGAGGGUCGCGGGCAGGGAGCGCCCAGUCAGACCUACCUUGUCAAGCACUCUGCUCUCCCUUGACAGGAAAACUGAGAAGGAAAGAAUGGCCUUAGAUUUGCUGCCUGCUCAGAUGACAGAGUCAGUGACGUUUAGGGAUGUUGCUGUGGUCUUCAGCCGGGACGAGUGGUUGCACCUGGAUGCUGCCCAGAGAAGCCUGUACCGGGAGGUGAUGCUGGAGAACUACAGCACUCUGGUCUCGCUGGGGAUUCCAUUUUCGAUGCCAAAGUUGAUCUGCCAGUUGCAACAAGGAGAAGAUCCCUGCAUGGUGGAAAGAGAAAUCCCUCAAGAUGCCUGCCUUGGUUUUAAGACAUGGCCUGAAAUAGAAGCAUUGCCUUGCAAACAGGACAUUUCUACAGGAGAAACAUCUCAAGGAAUAAUAAUGAAAAACUCCAUUAAGUUGGACAUCAAUUGUGGAGAAGCUUUGGAAUUUGAGGGCAGGACACAACAAGAGCAACAGAAAAAAACUCUCAGGCAAAUGGUAGCCUCACAGAAGAAAACCAUCAGUGGAGCUGGAAACCAGACAAGUCUUGAAUUAGGGAAAGGCUUAUUUAUAAAUACAGUUCUUAUUAGACGACAAAAUGUUCCUAUGGAAAGAGUACCCAGUAUAUAUUAUACUUUUGGGAGAGAUUUUAAACAGAAUAUUAAUCUAAUGAGAUGUUUCCAGAUUUACCCAGGAGAAAAACCUCAUAUUUACAAUGAAUGUGAAAAAAGCUUCAACCAGAGUCUUCAUCUUAUUGAAGGCCAGAGAAUUCAUACUGGUGAGAAACCUUAUAAAUGUAAUGAGUGUGGGAAGACCUUCAGCCACAGAUCAUCACUUCUUGCCCAUCAGAGAAUUCAUACUGGAGAGAAACCUUACAGAUGUAAUCAAUGUGAGAAAGCAUUUAGUAGCAGUUCAACCCUUAUCAAGCAUUUGAGAGUGCAUACUGGAGAGAAACCCUAUCAGUGUAAGGACUGUGGUAAAGCUUUUAGCCAGUGUUCCACCCUCACUGUACAUCAGAGGAUUCAUACUGGAGAAAAACUCUAUAAAUGUGGAGAAUGUGAGAAGGCCUUCAAUUGUAGAGCAAAGCUUCAUAGACACCAACAAAUCCAUACAGGUGAGAAAUCCUAUAAAUGUCGUGAAUGUGGGAAAAGUUACAGCCAGUUUACAUCUCUGGUUGAACAUCAGAGGCUUCAUACUGGAGAACAACUGUGUAAAUGCUUGGAAUGUGGGAGAAAUUUCACUCGCAUCUCAACCUUUAUUGAACAUCAGCGGAUUCAUACUGGACAAAAACCAUAUCAAUGUAAUGAAUGUGGGAAAGCCUUCAACCAGUAUUCAUCCUUUAAUGACCAUCGGAAAAUUCAUACUGGAGAAAAACUUUACGCAUGUGGAGAAUGUGGGAAAGCCUUUGGUUGCAAAUCUAACCUUUAUAGGCAUCAGAGAAUCCAUACUGGAGAGAAACCAUAUCAGUGUAAUCAGUGUGGAAAAGCUUUCAGCCAGUAUUCAUUCUUAACUGAACAUGAGAGAAUCCAUACUGGAGAGAAACUCUAUAAAUGUAUGGAAUGUGGGAAAGCCUACAGUUACAGAUCAAACCUUUGUAGACACAAAAAAGUUCACAAUAAAGAAAAACUCUAUAAAUGGAAAGAAUAUGGGAUCAGAGAUUUCUUAGAGGAGAUAAGCCCUAUGACAUUUAAUUCAUCUCUGAAAUAAUUUAAGGGUUCUCAUUGGAGAAUAAUCAGGAGAAUAAUAAAUAGGGCACAGGCUUCUGGUAGAUCAAGCCUUUUUUUACUUCUCUUAGAGAAAAUAUGCUAGUUAUCACUAAGUAAUGGUAGAAGUGACCAACAGAUAUUAAGAGCACUGCCUUGUCAAAUUUUAUAAGAACCAGUAAAUUUAAGAUUUCUAAAAACAUAAAAAUUUUAAAUUCACAGAAAAUUGUAAAAGACCUAACUUUGAAAACAAUGGAAUAUAAGUUUUAUUUCUUUCAUUAAACUUUGUUGCCUUUCUAACAGUAAGUUUCAAUAUGAAUUUUCUUUUAAAGGCAGUCACUGAGUUAUUAAUAAUGUGAAUAAGUGUGGGGCCUUAUUUUCUAAAAUGGCAGAUAAAUAUAGGAUAUGCUCUCUUUCAUAAAGAGAAGCUAAAGAUAAAAAGAAAUUCUUUAAAUUUAGAUUUUCACAUGGAAAUAAUUAAGCUCACUUUUUGUGAACUGCCUCACCAGCAAUUUAUAUUUAUAAAUAUACAUGUAUGUAUAUGUGUGUUAGUUGCUCAGUCAUGUCUGACUCUUUGCGACCCUGUAGACUAUAGCUUGCCAGGCUCCUCUGUCAAUGGAAUUCU